AGGAGGAGACACGUUGGGGGGGGAAAAGGUAAAAGAAGGAUGACGUUGUUAUCGAGCUAUAUUUGGCUGCUAUGUGGGUGCUCCUGUCUGGUUUGUGAGGAGUCUCUUCCAAACCCUGCACCCAGCUGGGACUGCAGCCACCAGGGGAAGAGCUGAUGGAGUGAGAUGUUACGGAGGACGGGGUGAAGUGAGGCUUCAUGGGAGUUUUAUCAGCCCGAUGCAUCAUCCAACAAAUGUCCUGACAGGCUUAAUCACCUGCUCUCUGUCAGAGUUGCGUCUUUUGUGUGUUUUUCCCCGGUUGAGGUCUCUGGGCUUUUGCCAACAUCUGUCUGGCUGAGUGGAUGAAUAGACAACAAGCACUGUGCUGGUAGUUGGUGUUGUUGCAGUACUCACGCACACGUUCCCCUGAGACGGCUGCUUUGGAAAGCUGCAGGAACUGGCUGGUCCUUGCAGGCUGGGUCACAUGGCUUCAGGAAAGGACAGGCAGGUUCAGAGACAGGUUGAACAAGGAGAGGGACAUGGAAGACACAGAGGGUUCAGCCGAUUCCUACACUAGUCGACCCUCGGAUUCCGACCUGUCCCUGGAGGAGGACCAGGAGGCGUCUCGGCGUGAAGCCGAGCGCCAGGCUCAGCUGCAGCUGGAGAGAGCCAAGUCCAAACCAGUAGCAUUUGCAGUAAAAACCAAUGUGAGUUACUGCGGGGCCCUUGAUGAAGAUUGUCCAGUCCAAGGUUCUGCAAUUAACUUUGAAACCAAAGACUUUCUGCACAUAAAAGAGAAAUACAACAAUGACUGGUGGAUCGGCCGGCUGGUGAAGGAAGGGGCAGACAUCACGUUCAUCCCGAGCCCAGUCAAACUAGAGGCCAUGAGGAUAAAACAAGAGCAGAAAGCAGCAGCGAGGAAAGGAGGAAACGCUUCAUCCGGAGCCAAACAGAAGCAGAAACAGACUGAACAUCUUCCCCCAUAUGAUGUGGUCCCUUCUAUGAGACCAGUGGUGCUAGUGGGCCCUUCACUGAAGGGCUAUGAGGUAACGGACAUGAUGCAGAAAGCCCUGUUUGACUUCCUAAAGCACAGAUUUGACGGCAGGAUCUCUAUUACACGGGUGACUGCUGAUCUGUCGCUGGCGAAGCGCUCGGUGCUGAACAAGAAGGCCAUAAUGGAGAGAUCCAACACGCGCUCCAGCCUGGCCGAGGUUCAGAGCGAGAUCGAGAGGAUCUUUGAGCUGGCCAAGUCUCUUCAACUGGUCAUCCUGGAUGCAGACACCAUCAACCACCCAGCACAGCUCCUGAAGACAUCGCUGGCUCCCAUCAUCGUCUACGUCAAAGUGUCCUCGCCUAAAGUUCUCCAGAGGCUGAUCAAAUCUCGAGGGAAGUCACAAAGCAAACACCUCAACGUCCAGAUGAUGGCGGGGGACAAGCUAGCUCAGUGUCCGCCUGAGAUGUUUGACGUCAUCCUGGAUGAGAAUCAGCUGGAGGACGCGUGUGAACACCUCGCCGAGUAUCUGGAAAUUUACUGGCGUGCGACGCACCUCCCCUGUUCUGCCCCCGUGAACCCCUUACUGGACCAAAGUGUGAUCACCCCGCCCUCAGCUAACUCCAGCCAACAGUUUUCUGAGACUCAAGAGUUGAUAGAAUGAUUGCGACCACAGACGAAGGAGCAGCCUGUGCUAUCGGGCUAGGAGGUCAUGGAGCACAGGGACCAGGGCGCCACCAGGGGGCAGCAGCAGCCCUCAUCUCUCCAACGCCAGCCACCAACUUCUCUGGCCAUAACUCGGGGCGAAGACGAGAACAAGCAGGAGGCUGAUGAGCUGGAGGAAGAGGACAAGCAAAAAAAAUACACAAAAAAAAACAAAAAACAAAAAACGGGGAGGAGCACGAGGAGGAGGAAGAUUUGACCAGAGGAGCCUCCGCCUCACUGCUGCCCCCUCGGUAAGAGCUCCCUGCUCCCACCGCCAAGCGACAACUCAGGGCCGCUUUCUACAGCUGCACACCGACUGGUGAUUAAAAACCAGUUCAGCGGUGCAGCCACUGCACGACACCCUCUCUCCCUCCCUCACCCUCCUGACCUUGUUCCCAAAGUCCCUGAUUUCACACCGGAGGUCACGUGGCACAGCUGAGCCAGCCCAUGUGUGACCAGACACCCAGACGUGGCUGUCGCAGACACAUGUAGGCUCAUUCAGCUCCUGUUGUAGACAAAUAUCACACCUGUGAAGUCAGAGUCUGUUAGCAUACAGUACUGUAGCAUAGCAGCGCUAUCAGUAUAACGCCAUGUACAAACACAAAUAGCUUCCCAGGGUUUCCUCUCUGAUAAACGCGGCGUCCCAGAGAGCGACAGAAAACCAGUUUGUCUUCCGUCUGUACAGCUCUGCGUGAGCGCUCAUUCCAGUUUAACCAAAUGUUUCCUCAAAGGCACAAUUAUUCCUUUUUCCUCACCUGCUUUCUCUCCUCGUUUAUCCAGUAGCCUUUUUUAAAUUUCCAUUUAUUUUUUUACAGUAACUAUCUAUACUUCUAUCUAUAAUCCAUAUCUUGGCCCUCAGUAUGGCUGAUCACAAUGUACGCAACAGUGAUGCAAAACUCAUUCAUGACGAGCACGGGCUUGCACAGCAACAGUCUAUAUGCAUCUUUUGUCACAACUUGAAUGUAUAAAUGCUGGUGGAAGUCAGGAUUAUUUACAGUAACUGUGGUUCGCUUGGACAUAGUACCUAAGCUCGCUAAAAUAAAAAAAGAAAUGCCAUUCAGUAUCCGCCAAAAACUUUAGUCCUUGAUAUACUGUACCUGAGACAAGAAGGCUCAUCCGACAAUUAAUACACAGUCACCAACUCACAUUUGCCUUUAAAUUGGAUUCUUAUUAAUCACAUUUAAUCAUUUCCAGUAAUCAGUUGUACCAUAGUGUGCAUUUCCUGGUUCCCCCUACACAAAAGUAAAACACUACAAAUUUAACAUGUAGCAUAAGCAGACAUCAGGAGAUCAUCUCUCUGGGGGGUUUGUUGUAUUUUAUUUUGAACAAAACAAUAAAUCAGAGAGUUACUUGAUCUUCAGGUUUAUUCCGACACAAAAAAACACAUUGUUGAGUAGAUUUACUGUCUGAUAUUUCAAUCUAUUUCAGAGAAUAGAUUUAUAGAUAAUAACACAAUUCAACGUUACCUCAGCAUGUGUGCUGAAUGGAACUCUCGGUGAUAUAAACACAUCACCGUGAGCUACACAGACGUGAACAUAACUUAUCAGUGGGAUCAUUUUCCAAUCCAGUUGCCAGAAUAAAUGUUGGCAAUUUAGGUUUCUGCAAACCACGGAUUUGUUGUAACUUGACAUUUCUUUAUGUUGCAGCUUCUUGUUUCUUUAGGUUUAGGAUCCAAUGUUGUGACAACGCUGUGCUUAUAUUGUUACAUUUAGCACAAAAAAACACUUGGUUAAGGGUUAAAAACAGAUUUUGUUGCCACAGUCAUGGCCGGAGAUAUUCUUACUUCUCAACAAAAAUGUUAUUUUUUUUAUUGCCUCACGCACAACUAUUGUGAUUUUGUCCUGAGGUGUCCUUACAACAUCCAGUGGUGUCACACAGUCUCAAACAGCGGUCACUAGCUUUGGCAGCCUCCUCCGCCUGUGACUCCACAACCACCCCCACCACCUCCCGAUGUAAAGGUUAGGUCGGUUAUGUAAACGUGAUAUGUGAAACCUGGACGUCGCAUUUAAAGCACCCUAUUUUUUUUCUGCACAGCUGCAGCUGGAGUCGUCCCAAUGUCUCGUUCAGAACACCCGCCUUUCUUUGAAUACGUGACACACUCUUACAUUUGAACACAUCCCUGGUUUGCAGAAAGGUUAGCAUCGUAUAUUCUAGUCUGGCGACUGGGCUGUAGCUUUCACACUUCAUUGCUACACCAUAGUGAGGUGGUAGCUGAAGCAGUGAUGGACUAUAAGACACCCAGCUGCUCUUUGGGUGUUCAGGCAUCAGCGGAGCUUCUCAAUUAAGUUGCCUGGUGAAUUAAGAAGAAGCGAGCCUCCACUACAUCACUGUGCUACAACACGGAGAAGACAUUAUCACCCCUGAUUGUGACGGGCUCCUUAGAAGUCUAAGAAGCCCAAUACAUGAUUUCACUACUAUCUCAUGGCAUUAACAGCUGAAAUAAGCAUGUGUACUGCAGGCCUAUAAGUAUAUGGAGGGCGACCUCUGGUGGCAUAUUUAUGUUACUCUCAUAUCCACCGCUGCUUAUUUCUCUGCCAAGCAAGCUGCUGCAACACAAACAUCAAGUAAACAUAUGUAGACAACUUCAACCUCCAGAAUAGUUAAACGUCUUUGUUGCAAAUACCAAACCUGUUUAUUUAAUCAUCUAUUUGCCUUUAUUUUGUGUCUUACCGUACUAAGAAAAAAAAAAAGAAUGCAACUGAAUAAGCACUGAAACUCUCACGUUAAUCUGUCUGCUGUUAUCAUAUAAAACUAUAGAACUCAGCUAACAUGCCACUUAUGUAAAUAAGCUAAUGUAUGUGCAUGACAUGUUAUAUUCCUGUUUCAUCAGAAGGGCUUUUUCGGGACCAUUGUCACAUCAUGAGCCAUUCAACAUGACCUACAUAACCAGUCACAUGUAUUCUUUAUCAAGGCUUCGCUGUACAUACUGUACAUUCAAUAUGCAGAUAUUAUUAUUAUCAUAAUUAUUAUGGUUAUUAUGGUUAUUAUUAUGAUUCUUAUUAUUAUCAAAUUGCACAGAAACAGACAUACGCUGACAGAAAGUAGAAGGGUUUCAGUCAGAGGACACGACUCUAUAUUAAACACCUCAGAAAGCAUGUGUUUUUAUGUAUUUUCCUCUGUUUGGAACGAUGCACUGCAGUUGUUUAGGACCACCGUGACGUUCGCUACCACUGACACACACAUUCGUUUCUGAAGGACCAGGUUUCUAGAUACACGACGUCCGCUUGAUGAAACACAGAGAGCACAGUCUUUGGAUAAAAAUUUUAAAAAAUCAUAUAAAUAUAUAUAUAGAUAUAUGCUCCGUCUAUUUGCUUAAUUUUUAUUGCAGUAAAAAUUUCUAUAAAAGUCAGUUAUUCUUUGGACCUCCAAAGCACAAUUUUUUACAAUUAUCGUUUCCUGUUGCGUUCCACUUGCCUAAAUUCUGUAUGCAAUACAAAGUCUAGCAUUGACGAGACACUAGCUGAGACUAUCAAGAUAUCUCCUCAGUUCUGAUGGGGUAUAAUUGCACUACUAUCAUUUCUAUGUCUGCUUUACGAUGCAAUAAAUGCACUAAACGUUAUGCUGUACCCACCUUCAAUACUGAACAAGUUGUCUGGUCUGAUGAUGAUGUCAACAUUUCACGUGGUUUCUGACGGGUCGAUGACAUGAAGUGAUAUCCAACAGUGUCUGAUGACGAUGUGUACAGGGAGCAUCUUUUGUCAGUAGCACAUCUGAAAGAGAGGAGGUGAAUAAAACACAACAACAUUUAAGUAAA